AUGAAGCUGGACCCGUGGGGUUAUACCCCUCUUGAUCUAGCCCUGUGUGAAGAACAUAGGGACACUGUGAAGCAGCUCAUAAAGUUUGAUCCUAAGCUGAUUCAAGUCAGAAGCAGGGAGAGGAAGACACCGCUGCAGUAUGUAGCUGAAAUUAAUGAUGAUGAUCUUCUCAGAGAGUUUCUCAUAGCUUGCCCCACCGCGAUCAAGGACCUGACCAUUCAAGGAGAAACAGCUGUGCAUCUCUAUGUGAGAAACAGAAGGAUUCAAGCUUUUAAAGUUCUAAUUGGUUGGCUUCACCAGACUGACAACAAAGAAAUAUUGGAUUGGAAAGAUAACAAUGGCUCCACAGAGUUGCACAUUUCUGCACAAACAGCUCGAGUUGAGGUUAUAAAGUAUUUAACAAAAGAAAGAGUGGAUCUUGAUGUCAGGAAUCAAGAAAAUAAGACUGCUCUUGAUAUCGCUGCGGAUGGAAUAGCAGAUCAUCAGCAGAAUCAUUCAGCUCGCUCUGUUGCUUCGAACAAAGAAUAUGUACAAAUACAGGAAAUAUUGCAUAGAGCUGGUACAAUCUCCAUACAAAAACGGGCGAAUCCAAAAGAAGGCAAAGAGUGCUGUGAAUUCGCACAAAAGGAUGAGGAUAAGCGAAAUGCAUAUUUGGUAGUUACUCUUUUGAUUGUAACGGUUAGUUUCCAAGCUGUUCUCAGUCCUCCAGGUGGCGGUUGGCAAAGUGACGAGAAGGACAACAAAAACAAUAAGAAUAAUACGGCUCUGGUUCUGCCACCACCACCUUCCAUCACAACAAUGAAAUAUUCCGAGUCCUCCAUCCAGAAAGCAAACGGACCAGUUCCUCCUCUUAAUCUAAAAACAUUUCUAGACGGAGUAAUCUUCAAAGAAACAUACUCAAUGGAAUUUGAGAGUGUGAGACCUCAUCGUUCUCCCCUACACGCUGCCUUUACACUUGUCUUACGUUAA